ACAGUAACAACCCCCCUCUCCCCUCCUCCCAACAUUUUUAUCCCACUUAAUCCUCCUCUCCCGCUCCAAACCUCUCUAUUUUCCUCGGACCUCUCUCUUUGUCUUUCUCUCCCUCCCUUUCACUCUCUUUUCAUUAAAGAGAUAAGUCCAGCAGUUCCUGCUUUAAUCUUUCAAUGGCUCUGAUGCUUGACAAUUGUGAAGGGAUAUUACUAUCACUAGACUCCCACAAAUCAGUGCCAGCACCAUUCCUCACUAAAACCUACCAACUAGUAGAUGAUCCCACCACAGAUCACAUAGUUUCAUGGGGUGAAGAUGACACUACUUUCGUAGUUUGGAGGCCUCCUGAGUUUGCUCGUGAUCUCCUUCCAAAUUACUUCAAGCACAACAAUUUCUCUAGUUUUGUCAGACAACUCAACACUUACGGUUUUAGGAAGAUUGUACCAGACAGAUGGGAGUUUGCCAACGAGUUCUUCAAGAAAGGAGAAAAACAUUUGCUUUGCGAGAUCCAUAGAAGAAAAACUGCGCAGCCACAAGUGUCUAUAAACCAUCAUCACCAUCAUCACCCACAUUCUCCUUUGGUUAAUGCCCCGAGUUUCUUUCCAUUUCCAAGCCGAGUCAGCAUCUCUCCAGCUGACUCAGAUGAACAAGCCAACUGGUGUGACUCACCACCACUUUCUUCACCAAGAGGAGGCACUGGAGUCUCAGUUGUUGGAGGCGGCGGGGCUGGAGGCUAUAACAGCUCGGUCACAGCUUUAUCAGAGGACAAUGAGAGGCUGAGAAGAAGCAACAAUUUGCUUAUGUCUGAACUUGCCCAUAUGAGAAAGCUUUACAAUGAUAUUAUUUUUUUUGUUCAAAACCAUGUUAAGCCUGUCACUCCUAGCAAUUCAUACUCUCCUUCUUUGCUUCUUUGUGGCCCUCCUUCAUCUGGAGUUCCUUCUGUUGUUAAAACCAAUAGUGCAUUAUUGCAAAAGCCUUUGAACCAGCUCCUUGGGUAUUAUCCAAAUAGUCAAAAGCCCCAAGUUCAGGUUUUGAACUCUCCAAGUGCUACAUCGCAAAGCUCCUUGACAAUGGUGGAAGAACCAAGCAGCAAUAGUUGCAAAACAAAGCUCUUUGGAGUGCCUUUACAAUCAAAGAAGAGAUUGCACCCUGAGUACAGUGCAGCAAAUAUGGAGACUACCAAGGCACGUUUGAUCUUGGAAAAAGAUGAUUUAGGGUUGAAUCUUAUGCCUCCUUCUACAUGUUAGUUUCCCGUAUCCAUUCGAGAAUAUUCUAGCUCCCUUUUUGAACUUCUAUUUUCUUUUCUUUUUUUUUUUUUUUAGUUUUUGUUUGAUUGUGUCUGUUUAUCUCUUAGAGUCUCAUGAUAUUGUUGACGAACAAUGUCUGCUUGUGGUGUAUGGAUGUUUGUGACUGUGCAUAUAAUUUUAGUGCCGGUAAUAUUGUGUUCCCACUAGCCACAUGAAUGCAGGUGGGUUUUGGUUAGAGUGAGGAUCUAAAACAAGUUCAAAAUCUCAACACCAAUCUUUUUCCUUGAUGUUCUUCGGUUUUUCAUUGGUGCAAUUUAUUGCUCAUAUUCUUCCUUUUCCCUUUAUUCAUGAUUCCGAUGUCUGUAUGUUCCAGUUAUAUAUAUACUUGCAUUAAUGCAGGAAAGAGAGAGAGGCAGACAGAGUCCUGAUGACUCU